UUAAAAAAAUUUUAAUAUAAUAAAAGUAAAAAAUUAAAAUAUUGUUUUAUGCAAUCAAAUCUUUUCCAUCUGGCAGACUUUUCCACUGAAGUGUAAUUCACGCCAUAAUUUUUGACAGCUGCUGCAUUUUUGUUGUUUCAAUUCAACGGUCAACUGCCUCGAAAAAUUGUUCGAAAUAAUUUAGUGGUGAUUUGUUUUGCUAUAUUUCUUAAUUUGUGUUUUAUUUUUUAUAAAGGCAUCAUAGGAAGAGUUUUUUAAGGGUUUAAAGCAAGUUAUUAUGUCUGCGGCCACAUUAUCAACUUUGGCUACUUUCGACGAUAUUCGUCGCUGCAUACAAGUACUUACCGAUGGCACUGCGGAAGAAGAAUUUCUUCGCGUUUUACGUUUACAAGAGCAAUUUAGAAAGGAAUGUCUUGACACUGCAAAAGAAGCGCAGCGUAUACAGAAAGAACUAGAUUCCUCACUGGAAUCAAUGGCGGAUUUGGAAACUAAAUUGUAUCACGCACGCCGUUUACUAGAAGUAGAGAGUAAAUUACGUCGUGAAGCAGAACAUGAACGUGAUCAAAUGGAAAAGAAAAUAAUUGCAGUGGCUGAUUUAGUACAAAAGGAUUGUAAUUUAAAUAAUGAGACACGCGAUAAGUUAGCCCUCCUGAAUACUUUGCCACGCAAACGAAAAUCAAUGAAUCGUGUGGUCGAGGAAAAAUAUGGCAAUGAUAUUAACUCCACAGGUUCAUUUCUAUCUGAUUUAUCAAUAACACAGUCGGAGGAUGAUUUUCUCGAUGUACGUCCUUCCACUGGCUGGCAAAAACAUCGUCCAUCUUUGCCUAAAAAUACAGUACCAUGCGUAGGCGGCAAGCGUUCUCGUGUUAGUGGCGCAGGGCUACCAACAACACCUGCCACUAAUACCAGACGUUCCACUACACGUCGAAGUGCUGGGGGCGUACAACAGCAUAUGAUGGAUGUAGCACCUGGUUCCGAACGUAUUUGUGCUACAACAAAAGUCACAAUUCCCCAAGAUGGAAAUGGUGCUAUACGCGCUGAAUCUACAAUAGAAUCCAUGCCCGCAAAACCAAUUGUCGCAACUGUAGCUUUGGAUAAUGAAGGUAGCACAGAAGAAGCAGCAUGCACAACACCCACUGGCUCUCCAUAUAAAGGUGCAACUGCACCACCAGUAACACCAAUGACUGCAAUAAAAAGUGUGCCAGCCGUCAAUUUAUGCUCGCCGCAGGUAUCCACUUUACGGGGACAAUUAAUGCGGCAACACAAUUUCGCUUCGCGUACUUUCAUUCGUACCGACACAUGUACACACUGUCAGAAAAAAAUUCGGUUUGGUACAGUGGGAGUGCGUUGCAGAGAUUGCCCCGUGCGUUGUCAUGCAGAUUGUCGUAUUGCAUUGGCAGUAAGCUGUGUACCGCAGUCGGGUACACCCACUAUUAAAGGUAUGAUGGGUUACAUCAGCGAUUACGCGCCAAACGUGUCACCGAUGGUACCAGCACUAGUUGUGCAUUGCGUUAAUGAAAUCGAAUCACGCGGUCUCAACGAGGUUGGUAUAUAUCGUGUAUCAGGUUCGGAACGUGAGGUAAAAGCGCUUAAGGAGCGUUUCUUGCGUGGCAAAAACACACCAUAUUUGGGUAGCAUUGAUGUACAUGUUUUGUGUGGCUGUGUUAAAGAUUUUCUACGUUCAUUGCGCGAACCACUUAUACCUACCAACUUAUGGAAGGACUUCUGUAAUGCGGUCCAACAGCCAACAGAGACAGAAAUACAAAAAGACCUGUUUAAGGCAAUUGACGCUUUGCCUCAAGCAAAUCGCGAUACAUUGGCAUUUUUGAUUCUGCACUUCCAACGUAUUGCUGAAAGCCGGGAAGUUCUAAUGCCAAUUGAUAAUAUUGCACGAGUAUUCGGACCAACUAUUGUUGGUUACUCAUCAGCAGAUCCCGAUAGGCAUGCAAUCUUCACCGAGGUAUAUAUGCAGUUUACCACAAUGCAGAAUUUACUAAAAAUUUCCGGCGAUUACUGGGCACAAUAUGUGACUUUGGAUGCAGAUAAAGAAAACACUCAAACAAAUGGCUCAACCAAUACAGUUACGCGCACACCAAGCCAAAAUGCUAAAGAAUCUCUCUACUCGCUAUAUGCAACUCCACUUAAAGGCACGCUCAAGAAAAGAAAAUUUCAUGCAACGCCUCCAUAUCCUUAUAAGAAGUGAUGAUAUUAAGCUAGUAUUUUAAAAAUAACUGUCAAAGCAUCCGUCUUGAAAUACGUCACAAAAUAACACUUUAUACUUAAUUUUUGCUACCCAUGCUUACAUUAAUAUACAUAUACAUAUUUCGCAAAGUUGCAUUUAUAUUAUUAACAUUUUGGUUAGUUUGCCAUGAAUCGAAACUUCAGUCGGAGCAUAUUUUUAAAAGCUCAACACUAAUUUACAUUUGGUUAACAUUUGGAAUGUACUUUAAUUUUAUCUUUAACUAUUACACACAAUUUCCUGAAUUAAAUAUUUUUCUGUUUGUUAAAAUUUCGAUUUAUCAACCUGAAUAACAACAUGAUACAAGUAUUGCGCUAAUAAUUGGUUGUGGGGUCAUAAUUUAUGUAUUUCUUUUAUACAUUAAAUAAUGGUGAAAUAAAUACCAUAUCUAUAAUUUUCUAUAUUU